ACAUCGUUCCACAACGUAGCAACAAUGAAAUCGAACUGAACCGGUCACACCCAUAAUGUUGAUCGGGCAACAGCCACCAAAACGGAGCUAAGUAACGUUACCUCAAAGAUUGUUGAAGAACGGUGCGCACCUUUUUGGGAAACUUGUCGUUUAGUACAAACCGGCACGUAACGAAGCAAACGUUGAAGUGAACUGAACUAACCCAUGAACCAUCUCUCUGCCAUUGCAGUCAUAUCAACAUACGGGAAAAUGCGAUGAGAAGUCGUGCUGGUGUACCGGUAUCCGACUUUGAAUGCCAAGUGUGAGAAAUCGAAUUGCGUGAUCGGUGGCGUAACAGGUAAAGCAGACUGUUCUUACGUAGGCUUCUGGAUGUGGUAUCCUGUGCUGCUCAGGUGAAAGAGGAAGAGUAGGCAGCAGACAGGAUGAAGGAGGAGAACUUGUUUCAUCGGAGGAUGUCUCUGUCUCCCAAUGCCACAUCUCCCUCCCCUCCUAAGAUCGACCACCGCUCUCUGACCCGCAACAUGUCUUAUGGAGGAGAAAGCGAGCUCUUCCCGCUCAGCCCAGGUAUGGAGGCAGAAGGGAAUGGUCUGUCCAUGAUGAGUGACGAGCUCAGCCCCGCCCAGUCGCCUAGCAGCAAGUCUGAGUCCAGGAUGUUCAAUAACGGUCUGGAGGACUGCUCCUCCCCCACAGAGAAGCUGGCCCGGAAGGAGUCUCUCAAGGUCCAGAAGAAGAAUUACAGACAGGAGAAGAAGCGGGCAGCCAAAGAACUGUCAAGCGCUCUGAAGGACCCCAGUGUUGUCAUCACGGCUAACUGGCUAAAGAUCCGUGGUUCGCUAAAGAGCUGGACCAAGCUGUGGUGUGCCCUGAAGCCGGGGGUCCUGCUGAUCUAUAAGACCCCUAAAUCGGACCACUGGGUGGGCACCCUCCUGCUCAACGCGUGCAAGCUGAUUGAGAGGCCCUCCAAGAAGGACGGCUUCUGCUUCAAGCUCUAUCACCCGCUGGACAAGUCCAUCUGGGCUGUUAAGGGUCCUAAAGGGGAAAAUGUUGGCUCCAUCACUCAGCCUCUACCCAGCAACUACCUGAUCUUCAGAGCUGCGUCAGAGUCUGACGGUCGGUGUUGGAUGGAUGCUCUGGAGUUGGCUCUGAGCUGCUCCAGCCUCUACAAGCUGACAGCUAAAGCAGGGAGAGAUGGAGACCUCAGCACCUCCUCAGAGUCCUCCCAUAUACUACAGCUACUGCAGUCUACUGCCCUCACUGAUGCUGAGCUACUACAGUUGGCCAACCAACAGAUGGAGAAUGACGGCUACUCUGAGAAAUCAGAGCACGAUGCCCAGGAGGAUUGGGACAACGGGGCCAAUGAGAACGGAGGUCGGCUGACGGAGGAGAGCGACAUGGACCAAUCGGACGAGUUGUCUCCGGGGCUGCAGGCCACAUCCUACGUCGAGCAGAGCCAGGAGGAGAUGGCCGAGGCUGGUGAGGCGUCCCAAGUGGAGACGGUGUCUGAGGAGAACAAGGGUCUGAUCUGGACCCUGCUAAAGCAGCUGCGGCCUGGCAUGGACCUGUCUAAAGUGGUCUUGCCCACCUUCAUCCUGGAGCCACGCUCUUUCCUGGACAAACUAUCGGACUACUACUACCACGCUAAUCUGCUGUCGGAGGCUGCGAGGGAGGAGAGUCCAUAUGGCAGAAUAAAGCAGGUCGUGCGCUGGUACCUGUCUGGCUUCUACAAGAAGCCCAAGGGACUGAAGAAGCCCUAUAACCCCAUCCUAGGAGAGACGUUUCGCUGUUGCUGGCUCCACCCUCAGACAGACAGCUGCACCUUUUACAUCGCAGAGCAGAUCUCCCACCACCCACCAAUCUCCGCCUUCUACGUCUGCAACAAGAAGGACGGCUUCUAUAUCAGCGGCAGCAUCUUGGCCAAGUCCAAGUUUUACGGUAACUCUCUGUCUGCCAUACUGGAUGGCAGAGCCAGAUUGAUGCUGCUGGGCAGGGAUGAGGAGUACGUCAUCACCAUGCCUUACGCCCACUGUAAAGGUAUUCUGUAUGGCACCAUGACACUGGAGCUGGGAGGGAAGAUCACUAUUGAGUGUGAGAAAACCAAAUAUGUGGCAGAAUUGGAGUUCAAGUUGAAGCCCUUCCUGGGAGGCUCCAGCAGUGUGAACGUGAUCUCGGGAAAGAUCCAGCAGGGAGACGAGCUGCUGGCCACUGUGGACGGACACUGGGAUGGUGAGGUGUUCCUACAGGAGAAGUCAGGGCAGCAGGAGCACCUGUGGAACCCUACUCCAGAGGUCCGCAGCACCAGACUGAAGAGGCAGGUAGUACAGCUGGACCAGCAAGGGCAGUUUGAGUCGGAGAGGCUGUGGCAGCAUGUGACCAGUGCUAUAGUGGACCGUGACCAGAACCAGGCAACCCAGGAGAAGUUUGUACUGGAGGAGGCUCAGAGGAAUCAGGCCAAAGACCGUGGAGACCAACCUUGGCGCCCCAGACUCUUCAACCUGGACUCUGUCACCAACGAAUGGACAUACACACACAUAGACACACGGCCGUGGGACCCUGAACGCUGUCUGGUGCAGUUUGAGAAGCACGGGGUGAUCCAGACCAAGGAGAAAUCACAGAGACGACAUAAAGGACUGGCGUACAGCCGUGCCUCAGCCUGGGCUAGCCAGCAGAAGGCCCAGGUGAAUGGGAAACACAGGAAAGGCAGCAGCCAGCCAUCUAGCUGCAGCCAGAACACUGAGAGCAGCAGCACUACACCAGAACCUACACACGAGUCCUCUGAUAAUGAAGGGUACCCGAGCCAGUGUACACGGUGCAACAAGGAAGUGAAGGACAUUGCCCUCAUAGAGGCCUCCAUCGCAUCCAUACAGAAGACACAGCAAGACAUCCAGAGGAACCUGAUAGCGUUGGGUCGUCAACUGGGCCGUCGUCAGGAGACUGAGGACAAUGUGACGCCAACUGGACGCCACUGUUUCAUCCUGUGUGUCCUCCUGCUCUCCCAACUCUUCCUCAACUACAUUUUCACCUGAACUACCCUGCAACAGAAGUUACCCCCCCCCUCCCCUCCCCCCCCAGGCACGGAUCUAGGAUCAGCUCAACACUCCCUAUUAACCCUGACCUUAACUAUUAGAUGGAGGGGCAGCUUCGUCCUGUUCUCCUGAUACGGGAGGGCCACAGAUGCCAUAGCAAUAAACACAGCCACCCACAGCCACCACUCACCUGCCAACCAGAGCGGAGCAGAGCGCCCUCCAGUGUAGCCAGACAGCACGGCACCCAAGCACUUUGGACUGAGAAGACCACGACAGAAAGAGAUCAAAAAAAGAUCAAAAAAGAAAGAGUGGACUGACUGGGGGUGUUUUAAAAAAAAAAGAUGAAUGAGAGAAUAGGGACUGAAUUAGCUUUUUUAAAUAGGAAUGAGAAGGAAUUAUUGUUUUACAGAAGAGAAUGUUCCACCUGUCUUUUAUUAAUGGAUGUGUACUUUUUAUACUCCCCCUGCAAUACUAUUGUGUGUGUGUGUGUGUGUUGUGUGUACGUACAGUAGGCCCUAUGGGCAUUGAUGGACUACGGCUUUGAGUCCUUAAUAGUCCACCUUCACUACAGACUUUGGGCCUUAACGCUGAAGCCAAAAAGAAGAGAAAACAAUGUGACAUCGACAAAACAAAGUAAACUUGAGAUAAGAAACUUCCAAUAAUGCAAUUGUCUUUUUGUGUAGAUCUAUAAUAUGUCACUUUUUGGGCGAUCUGACCAAAUUCACAUAGAAAUAUGUGCUAUAGAUCUGUCACUGAUUGAAAGCAAGCCGUAGAUAUGUUCUAUGUGCUUUAUUUCUAUGCUUCCCAUUAAGUUUUGUUUUUGCGUCUUUUUGCUUUCGGUUUUGUACACUAGCUUCAAACAGCUGAAAAUACGAAAUAUAUUUGCCAGCGGUUUAGAUGGUACAAUUAUACUCUACACUAUACUUGCUUGUUUUGUCACAUAAACUGAAAUUUGGCAAAUUAUAAUUUUUGCAACCAGGAAAUGAUUUCUGCGUAGUGCAUCUUUAAUAAUAAUAAUGAUGAUGAUGAUUUUACCAAAACAGUAUUUAUAACCUGAAAGGUAAAGAGUACUUGUUUACAGGUUUGUGUGUGUGUGUGUUUAUAUUGACAUAUAUAAACGAAGGGUAGGCAGAGAGAGGCAGGUUAGAAAGGUAAAAGGGAUGUGGGUCUGUCUGUGUAUGCCUGUCGCGCCAUCAGGGAAUGGAUUUGUAGCACUGCUCUGGUGUAGACAAUCAGCCAAAGAGGACAGAUGAUUGGCGGUGUAGAGAGAAUGAACCGGGGAAGAGAAGAAAGGAAACAAAGAAAGACUGUUAAAGGUAUAGGAUAAUGAGGUUGUUGAUGGGUCGGGUGUGUAAUGUACUUCAGACGGCACUGUUUGGUAGAACUGUUCUCGAUGUGAUUACUGGGGGUCAAUAUACCCGUAUGUAUAUAUUUGUCUGGAGCACACACACACACACACACACACAAGCACUGUGUUACCAAUGAGAUUCAGAAUGUAUUUAUUGUGUGAUUCACCUUGAUUUACGGAUCAUACUCCAUUUGGAAGAUGGAUGCAAGUGGUGACAAUCGCGAGUAAGUUUGUUCUCCCUUGUUCAUUAGGCACCAAACAGGAAAAUGGACUGAAACAGGGAGGGACACUGGACUUGACACUAAUUUCUGUUCCGUUUUAAAACGGGGUUGUACCCUAUUGAACAUGAGCUAGGUGUACCAGGAGAACCAGGUCUGUGAUCUAGCCUUGGGAUGUUACUUGUACGUACGGACAGUCAGGCAAGUUGGAGUCAAAUAUUAGGGUCAAUAUUGAAAAACCAAACUCUUUGGUUGGUGUAAACUUGCCCUUGUCCAGGCACCCAAUGGGGAAAAGGAGAUGAAGGAAGUAGGAAUUUGACUUUGAAUGCUUUGAUUCACGGUUUGUUCUUUUGUUUUGCACUCUACUGUCAUGUACACAGAUCUUUUUGUCAUAUGAGAAUGAAAGAACAUGAUUUUGCUAAAAAAAAAAAAAAAAAAUCAUACCUGUUGCAUACUGUAGCACUACAGUAAACAUUGACAUUUUGACUGGACACCCAUUCAUGCUCUUUUGAUUGAGUUUCUCCACAAAAUGGUCAGUGCUGAAAGUCACAUCUGGUUAUAAAGUGUCGCAAGGAAAGUCCUACAGCAUAGCUAGUAGACACUAGGCAGAUUUCCAUAGACCCAGGUUUAUCCGACAAAUGAUGAUGGAAACUUUUUUUUUAUUUUUUAUAAAUGAUUGGCGAAUAAUUUAAGGUCCGCCGGUCCCUUGAUGUCAUCACGUAACUAUAAAACUCCACUUAAUUGAAUGAUAAAUGCCUACUGCUUGCUAAAUAAACAAUGUCAACUACAAAAAGAAUGUGUCUGCAGUACAAGGAUUGUCCUGACUGUCAAGAAUGCGGACGUUGUGUCGCCUUGCUUCUCUGGAUGUAAGUUUCACCAUCAGAUUAUUUCGGAAACACUUUAUAACCACUUCAUUUUUUCUUUUGACACCUUUUUGGUAUUUUGUACCAGUUUCCGUCUACAAAGCAUGGUCUGGACGAUGGCAAAACAUGUAAUGGUAAUAAUUGAUUGAGCUAUCUCUAGACACCCAAAGCUCUUUAAAGUGUAAGGGGAAACUCACCACCCUAUCCACACUUACAGUGCCUUGCGAAAGUAUUCGGCCCCCUUGAACUUUGCGACCUUU